AUGUCGGCAGGUGAUUCUCUGAUCGAGGAGUGCACCAAUGGAACGACCAAGGCUGGAUUAUACUUAUCCCGCCUGGGACUGGAGAAAGAAAUCAAGAACCCGAACAAACCAGGCAAGCCGAAAUUUUCAAUACCUGAACUUGACGACUUGUGGGAAGCGACAAACUUGAAAGCCAAUGCGAUCGCGGCGACAUACAACUCAAGGAAGGCCAUACGCGAGGCACUUAGACGACGGGACAUCUGUCUCGACGAAAUCGCAAGAGACUGUCUCGUCGGCUACGGUCCGAAAAUCUGGAACAACGGAAGAGAGCUAUACUUCGUUCUUUCUCUCGAUACAACAACCACACCUUCCAAAAUCAAGGGGCAUGCUCAGGUUGCAGAGGACAAGUAUCUAAGGCACCUGAUCUACGAACAUCCAAGUGAUGCACGCAAAAUAAGGCUGCUAGUGUCUGCUUGGACUGUCCAGCGCGCUUGUCGGAAGGCCGAAUAUGACCGUCGUGAAGGAAAGACUCCCCAAAAAGAAGUCAUGAAGUCAUCAACAGAUUUUUCUAGCUUCAUAGAGGCAAUCCGUGUGAAAUCGGCUAAGCGUACUCACAGUACCAUCUUGGCUUCGUCAUAUAGCUCUGAAAGCUCCGAUGAGCUCAAUGUGUUGGGUUUCGAAGACCCAGCCAAGCCCCCGGUUGGAUUCAAACACGCUGUACAACUUGAUGCUGCUUGUAAACCACAGUCACAAAGAUCAAGAAAAUCCCAUGAUGUACGGCAUACUUCAGCAAAACGGCAGAAGAAGCAGACUGCUGUCGCGGUUGUGAUACCCGCACGAAAACCCCAGCAUACUGAGCCAUCCAAGACGACCAGUAGAACACGAAGUCAACCGCUAGACAAGGGAAAAACAGUGCCACGUUCUGCACGGAGUGGAAGAAAAGGAUCGGCUAGGGAGACCCUGCGAUUGACAACUCCAUGCCGCACGACUCCGCGCCGCACAAGAACAGGAACUCAUAGUGAGCGGUCGGUUCAGAGCAAUGCUGACACAAAUAUGAACCUAUUGGUGACUCAGCUUAAGGCUGACCGAAAUGAGCUGAGCAUAUGUCUUCAUGAUCUUUUAUCGCCGCGCAACCCGGGAUGCCACAGCCUUACUGCUAUCAAGCGGAUGACCGGGCUUAUCGACACCAUAGUCAUCAAUGAUGCUCAGGGCCUCCGUGAAAACCUUGGAGGCUCCUACGAUAAGCACAAGAUUGCUCUAGACAGAUGGUUGGGAUGUGUCAAGACACUUGUCGAAUUCCGCGAGAUGACCGGCCUGGAGGGCGACGAGGAUACAAUAAAGGCGAGCUUCAGGGAAUUGCUGUCGCCCAUCAGAGAAGAAGCACGAUUGCUUCGGCAAAGAAAGCGCCAGGAGAUCGUAAAGUGGUUCGAAAAACCUGCUUCCAAGGAGCUUGAAUCCACUACGGCCAAUUUCUGCAAAGAAGUGGCCUUUGUACUUUUGAAAAUGAUUAGCUGGGGUGGAUUGGACAUGAAACUAAAAGAAUUCCUUGGCAUCAUGGUACCAUUCACAAAGCGGCUACUGGAAUGGUUCAGUGUUGAACCAAUCAGCUCUACGGCAAGGAAUUGA